UAUUAUUGUAUUAAAACGUUAUUGUAAGAAUAAAGUUAGUCCCAUCCUCGACCGCUGAGUAAAAUGAACCGAGACUCGUUGACACAAACAUAAACGGGAAUAGAGGAACCGACCGAAUUUAGCUUACAUGUGACCACAUGCCAUUUUAUUGGCCGAACGUAUCUCAAGGCUAUUUUCUAUACUUUUUGUGUUGAUUGAGAUCUUCAACAUUUUUCUCGUCUAAUGCUACCAAAUAAAAGCCAGGAAACGAAUAAAUACAUGAUUGCGUUUUCUCAUCAGUCUUCCUUUUGUUUUUGUCGUCUAUAUUUUAUCAAACUAAUUCAGAUCGUGCAUAUGAAUUUGCUUGUCAAAUUACAUUGCCAAAUUAGUAAACUGGUGAAUAUUAUAGUUGUUUGUUUGCUUUUACACAACAACGGUCAGUUUCGCGGCUCAAUAAUAGAUGAUGAUACUACACUAUAUAUGCAUGAGCAUGAACAUGGGCAUGGAGUUGAAAACUAAAAACGUAGGACCAACCAAAUAAUGAAUUUUCACGAAUAAAAAUAACCAGACAAAAAAUAAGAAAGAAAUAACAAAUAUGACGGCAUUGAAAGUCAAGAAUAGGCCAACGAAACUGACCGGGAGUAAAGAUAGAGUGACAUUAACCCAAAGUCAAGCCAUCUCAACUCACCAAAAACAUGCACUCUACGCCUAUAAUGUUUCUAUCCAUUGAAUAUACACCAAGUCCAUAAUUAGUGGCACUAUUAGCAACCUGAACAUUUUCAAACGUUUAAAACAACUUGAAAAAAACAAUCUUUUCGAACUUUUUUCCUCGUUUUCUGUUUAAUGUAAACGGGUGUAUAUUUUUUUGUCAAAAUGUAAACGGGUUUUUAAUUAGACAUUUCAAAUUGUUCAAGAGCCGUGCCUCAACUUAUGACUGUUAAGUUUAAAUUCUUCAAACAACUAAAUAUAUUUUUAUCUGAUAUUUAAUUUAUAUAUAAUUAAGCAUAAAAGAUAUGAUAAUAAUAAUUAAUUUCCUAAGUAUAGUCAUUAUUUUUCAGUAAAAUGGAUAAAAAAUCAUAACUAAAAUUAAUGUAUAGGACGAACCCACAAAAUCCAUUUCGAGUCAUCUAACAAUUAAAAUUCUAACCCGGUCCACGAACCCGAAUUAUACCUAUAUUUUCGUAUGAUCUGUUAACCGUGAGACCCAUUAAUGGCCCAGUAACUGAAGCCCAUAAUAAGCAAGACUCGGGUCGCUCUUAACGACAAAACAGAUCAACGCAAAUUUAGUUAGUCUUGUCGGAUCAUCUACCUUGGGGGGUGCGUGAUUCUUCCAUGGCGGCAAGAGCCCUCCGUACAAAGCUCCUCCUUGUUGGUUCCGCCGUAUGCGCUGGUUCCGGCGCCGCCUUCAUUGCUUCUUCCGAAGACCCAUCUAGAACUCUCAAGCUCUGCACCAACAUCCCUCCCCGCCUCUUCCGCAACACCGUAACCGCCGCCUCCAUCGCUUUCGAUUAUGAAUACUCCUUGUCCGGUUUGGCUGAGGGAAGCAGUGAGAAGGCUAAGGUCAAACAUGAAGUCCACUUAAGGUCAGCUCAAAAGCUUCAAGAGCUCUGUUUCAAAAAUGGAGGAAUCUAUAUCAAACUCGGCCAGCAUAUAGGACAAUUAGAUUAUCUUGUGCCUGAGGAGUAUGUUCAUACUAUGAGGGAGUCUAUGUUGAACAAAUGCCCUGUUUCUUCGUAUGAGCAAGUAUGUGAGGUUUUCAAGAAAGAGGUUGGAGAGACGCCAGACAAAGUGUUUGCUGAAUUUGACCCUGUUCCUAUUGCAAGUGCUUCCCUUGCUCAAGUUCAUGUUGCUCGCACCCAUGGUGGGGAAAAAGUCGCUGUCAAGGUUCAGCAUGCGCAUAUGACAGACACUGCAGCAGCAGAUACUGCAGCUGUUGGAGUUAUUGUGAACACCUUGCACCGGAUAUUCCCAUCAUUUGACUACAGGUGGUUGCUAGAUGAAAUGAGUGAAAGCUUACCAAAGGAACUAGAUUUUUUGGUAGAGGCGAAAAACAGUGAGAAAUGUCUGGAUAAUUUUAGGAAGAUGUCUCCCCAUAUUGCAGAGUAUGUCUAUGCACCAACAGUCUAUUGGAACUUGAGCUCCUCUAAGCUCUUGACUAUGGAGUUCAUGGACGGUGCUCAAGUCAAUGAUGUUGCUAAGAUCAAAAAGCUUGGGAUCCAGCCCUAUGAAGUCUCAAAGCUAGUGAGUCAAACAUUUGCAGAGAUGAUGUUUAAACACGGCUUUGUGCAUUGUGAUCCACACGCUGCCAACUUGAUCGUUCGUCCUUCUGGUAAAAGAAACAUAUACGGCAAGCAAAAACCACAGCUGGUGCUUCUUGACCAUGGCUUAUACAAGGAGCUUGACUUCGACACAAGAUUCAACUACGCUUCACUAUGGAAAGCCCUGGUCUUCUCAGAUGCUAACGCCAUAAAACAACACAGUGCCAAGCUAGGAGCUGGAGGUCUCUACGUCCUUUUCGCGGGGAUUCUCACAAUGAGACCGUGGAAGCAAGUCAUUAACACAUCAGCGGAUCAUUUGGUCAUCAAAGGCACUACAGAAGACAGGUCAGAGCUGCAGAUGUAUGCUUCACAGUACUUCCCUCAAAUCUCUGAGCUUCUGAGGAGGCUGCCACGUGUGAUUCUUCUGAUGCUGAAGACCAACGACUGUCUCAGGUCGGUCAACAAUGAGCUGGUGAAAGGGUCGUCUCUUGAGUCGUUCUUGAUCGUUGGGAAAGUGUCUUCUGAAGCGGUUUUGGAGGCGAAGUGGUCACAGAAGAAGUCGUUGGUGCAGUGGUUGAAGGUGUGGCUUGAAGGCUUCUCUGUGGAAGCGAGGCUGUGGGUGAUGCAGUUUGCACUUUGGGUCUUGCAAGUGAGAAACGCGUUGACUCUAUAGUGUAAUAUCAUUGAGUUGAUGAAAAUCUUACAUACAGUUUUAUAUAUUCUUUGGUCUCUGGUUGCAUCCAGGAUUGACAUUUAUAUCAUUCUUUAUAUACACAGUAACCCAAGGUUGUUGUUAUGCACUAUGAGACUUGUAUUAUUUGUUUGUUAGGUGGGAAAAUUCUUCUCCUGACCAUUACAUUAAACUUAUAGAAAAACUUAUCAGUUUCAACUUUAUAUCUUGUUUUUAAAAAAUUUAACACUAAAUUUUUUAUUUUAUUACAAAUUAUGAAAAUUUAUAUAAAUGGUUUUAUGUGUUCUUACAAAGAUUUACGUUUAAAACUCGUGUGUAAAAUUAUUUUAAUCUAUCUAUCGUUUUGAUCAUAAAUCUCAUUCUCUCAAAUUCGAAUCUCAUACUUGAAAUUAUAAAAGUAUUAAACUUUUAAUCAACCAUUGGAACAAAAAAAAUCAUUUAUCGGUGUCAAAAAAAAAUCAUUUCAUUUUUUUUUUCCAAUAAAUACAGCUCUGAUUUGGUUUACAGAGUCAGUAUUAGUCUGUAUUGUAUUGUGGAUGACAAAAAAAAUAUACAGCUCCGGUACAAAAUAGACGUUUAAAAUAAAAAUCAAACCGGGUUGGUACGGUUCACUUCGGUUUGGAAUUUGAUUUUUUGUUAUUAUUUAAUCGAGAAAACCUUGAUUGAAACCCCGUGGCCAUCAUCUUCAAUCUGUCCAAGGACACUCAACAGUCGAAUCCGUCUCUCCUUCACACUCGCGACAUCUCUGCGACUGCGACCAUCUCCACCGCUCAAAACCUCCCGCAAACCGCUAAUCACACCGUCUCCGAUGGAAGACAUUGAUGCUGUCCAAAAACCAGUUGUUGUCGACCCUCCUUUACACAACGAAGCUCCUCCUUCGACUGCUCAGCGCCGGCCGGUGGUUGUCGCCGCCGACGCAGCUCCACCGGCGGAGUUUCAUCUCAUUCAGCGGAUUCAACGAGCUCUUGUGGAACUGCGCGAGUUGAGGAACCAGUUUAAUGCUAUUCUUAGGGAAAUAGAACUCGAAGUGGGAGGAGGAGGAGGAGGAGGAGGAGAAGAAGAGGGCGCGGAAUCAUCAGUGGAGGAUCCAGAGGACGACUCUGAUUCUUAGUUUAUUUUGUAGAUGUUUUGUGUUUCAAAUCUCUCUGUCCUGAUGAUUCUUUUGUUCAAAGACUCUACUCUAGCUUAUGGUAGCUUUGUCUCUUUUAAGCCUAGAUUAUCAAAACUAGUAGCCUUGUUACUCUCUUGUUUUUAAACUGAGAAUCUUGGUCCAAAUUCAACCGA